ACUAGUGUAUCUAUAAACAAAUCAGAAUUCAUACUAACGACAUUGCUUAUUCGAGAUGACGAAUUGUUCAAGUACUUAAUACGUAUCGCGUAUUACAUCCGCUUGCGCAAGUCACUAGUUUCGUCGCCAUCAUAGCGACGAGAUCGCGACCGCCUUUGGCCGUAGAGCCAGGAAUUAGGAUAAUCGUCGUUUGCGACGAGAAAGCGAUACAGAGCUUUUGCUCUGUUACACCUGUGUUUUUCAUCAUCCUAAUACCGUUAAAUCGGCCGUCAAUUAUCGGCGUCUCGAGGAUUUUUUCUUCACUUUUGACGAUAUCGAAACAUGGCUUAUUGAAGAUGAAGGGCCUGCAGAAAUACAUUGUUUCUCCAUACGGAGGAAACCGUAGCCUCAACAACUCUGGAAGUCAGCACGGACGCAUUCGUGCCAGACAUGGAAAAAAAUACGAAAUUUCCGCAAUCUUCCGCAAAGGCGGUUCCUGCUGAUACUAAGAAGGCUCAAGAUGUCACAAACAAAAUUUUCCCAAAGAGUUCGCGUAAGCGCGAGUCAGCAGGCACUAGCGGUUUUUCAAAAUCUGAACAAUCAAGGAAACAUAAUGUACAGAAAACAAAAAAUUUUGAUAAGAGACCAAAACCUAAAGGACAAUAUUAUGGCAGUUCAAAGGAGAAUACCAAGGUAGUGCAAGCAGAAUUAGCUGAGCCCGGCUCGGUAAUGGUCCACGGAAGUAAAAAGCAGAAUUUGAAUCAUCUGCUAAAUUUUCGUUAUGAACCACGUGAAAUGCAAAGUGGUGCAAGUGCAUGGGGUUAUGGAAAAUCAAUGAAGGGUUUCUUUAGAAACAGCAAUAGAUGGCUUCCACCAGUCCAGCGACAUAAAUAUAACAAAGAACAGUUCUUGCAAGCUAGAAACUUUUCAGUUUUGAAAGUUUAUCAUGCCCGAUAUGUUUAUAUCCGCCAACUGCUGCAAAAAUGACACGUUGCGGUCAUGUUUAUUGUUGGCAUUGUAUCCUACAUUAUUUAUCACUUUCUGAUAAAUCUUGGCGUACAUGCCCUAUUUGUUAUGAAUUUAUUCAAAAAUCCGAUUUAAAAAGUGUUAAUGAAAUCACUCAAAGUACAUUAAAUUUAGGGGAUAUUAUUACUUUACGUUUGAUGCGUCGCGAGAAAGAAUCACUACUUGCAGUACCCGUUGGAUCUUUAGUUCAAAAUCCAACAAACUUUUUCUCAGUUUCAGAAACUCUUAGCAAAGAAGUGUAUUCAAAGCUUCUUAUCGCAAGUAUAGAAGAUGUAAUGAAUAUCAUCGAACAUGAACGUACACAGUUAAACCUUGAAUUAUCAAAAACACCUAAUUCUUCGAAAGAGUAUAUUGAACAAGCGCUUGACGAACUUUCAAAGAGGGAAACAGAAUUAUUGCAAAAGGCAAAGUUAACUGAAGUGAAAUCAGAGGUCGUUCCUCAGUACGAAAGUUCAACAUUGGACUAUAAAUUACAAAUAAAAAAGAAUUACAUUAAGAAAUCUCAAUCGGGAUCUCAAAACCAACAAGAAACAAAUACUUCAACGAAAAAAGAUGUAAAAAAUGUGGAUGAGGAAAUAUUAAAAUCUAAAAAUUCAUCUAGCAGCGCUCAGUCAACUUCAGGCACAUCAAAAUUCUUUUAUUUUUAUCAAGCGGAAGAUGGACAGCAUUUGUAUCUUCAUGCAAUGAACGUAAAAAUGUUGGAAAUGCAGUAUGGUAAUCUUGAAAAUUGUCCUCAUGUAAUAAAAGGAAAACUUCUCGAGAAAGAGGAAGGAAGUCUUACAGAAGAUCUAAGACGUAGAUUUAGGUACUUGGGUCACCUGCCAUUAACUUGCCAAUUCGAGAUAGCAGAAAUUGAAUUGAAACCACCAAUUGUGUCGAAGGAAAUUUUAUUUUCAUUUCGAGAUCAGUUAAUGCUGAGGCACAAACGUAGGCGACAACGAGAACAGGAAGAAAGGCGAAGGGAAAGAGAAAUUACUGAGAAAGAAAAUAAACGAAUGGGAAAAUAUCCAACUCCCGUCGUACACAUUGAUUCGCAGCAAGAUUUUCCAGAGUUUUCCGAGGAAAAUAUUCCAUCACCACUAGAAUCUAUAGCAACUUCAAGUGCAGCUAGUAGUCCACCUUCAAGCACAUUUGACGAAAUAGUUGCAUCUAGACAAACUGAUAAUGUCAUUCAAGAAGCGGGACCAUCGUUCGCGGAAAUGGUCCAAAACACUGGCACACGAUUAAAGUCGCAAACAGUCUGGCCAUCAAUUAAUUCCAGACAUAAGAAACAGCGUUCUACUGUAACUAUUCAGUUACCCUCGAGAAACAUCGAAGAGGAAGAAGAGGAAGAAGAAGAAAAUUAUGUCUCAGUACCAUCAUAUGGUCAGAAUCUUGGUGAUGCUUUAGCAGUUGCUUUACAGCAAAAUAAAAACAAAGAAAAGUGGGAAAAAAAAGAAGAAAGGAAAAUCAAUCGAUUUCUUUUAGAAACAAAGAAAAAUGGAGCUGGAAAAGAGAAGAAAGGAAAAUCAAUCGUAUUUCUUAAAACCAUUAUGGCACAUGAAUCUUAAUUUUGUUCACAAUGCUUGCACUUUUAUCAUUUCAAUUUUGCAAUUUGAUUUUACUAUUACAUGUUAUAUUUCAGAUUAUAUUGGGUAUAUGUUAGAAAAUUUAUGAAAUCCUAGUAUAAAUCGUAACAUGUAAUGAUAUAUUGUAUAAUUUUCGUCCUUAUAGAUAUUAUCGAUUGUCAAAUAUUUGUUUUCUGUAGCAUUCAGGUCUGUUGUGCUUGCAAAUAAAAUUUAAUUUGAAAGGUAUUCUGAAUUUUUUAUUUUUCAAAUAAAUUUGAAUUUAAAAAAACAAAUUUAUCUACACAUGUACUAUAUUGUAUCCUUUUAUGUUGGAAAAAAUAUACAAAAUAUUUCAAAUUUAACUAUCAAAACUAAUCUUUUUAAGUAAAGGCAAUAAAUAAAUUAUAAGCAAUUUGUGCAAGUUUCAGGGAUUGUUUUAUAUUUUCAUUUUUGAACAUAGACUGUGUGAACAUCGUCCUGACAGUAACAAACGAGUAAGUUGUUAAUCGUUUAUGUUCAAAAAACUAUGAAAAUAUAAAACAAUCCCUGAAACUUGCACAAAUUGUUCAUAAUUUAUUUAUUACCUUUAUUUAAAUAAGGUUAGUCUUGAUAGUUAAAUUUAAUCGACUUAAUCGACUUCUUCGAUGGUAGGGCCACCAGAUGCACCACCGCCAGGGGCACCAGCUCCAGCUCCUGGGAAACCACCAGGCAUUCCACCAGGCAUUCCACCAGGCAUUCCUCCAGUACCC